AUGAGCCGUGAGUGUAACCUCACUGUCGAGCCGACCGAUGAGGGGAACAAUGCCACGCGAACAGCGCAUGUGCGAUCGACAACGGUGCACACGAUCCUUGGGCGCAUAAAGGCAUGCCAGAUGGCGGCGAGGGUGGAGGCGACGCUGUACCGGGAGACGGAGCUGGGCAUCAUGAGGGAGAUCUCGGUGGUCAGAUCGCAAGUGCGGUUCAACGUCCGCACUAAGAACGAGAGGGACAUCGAGAAUUGCGCCGACCGUCGACGCGGCACCAUCGGCGAUACCUACACCGCCGAACAGUUCCGCCAGAUCAUGAUGAAGGUGCUGCCGACAUGGGCGGCGGCGGCGUGGAACCCGCGGGAAACCACUCCGUCGCAGACGCUGUGGAGAUUCCUGCUCGUCAAGGUGCUCACGCUACUCUCCCACCACUCCCUCCUGUGCGGCGCCAGCAUCCGAGAGAUCACGCUUCCCGACGUUUUCUUGUAUCGACUGGAGAGCACCUCGUCGGUGAACCCGGAUAACCAGCCUGUCGUCAUGGUGAUCGCAGCGCGUAACUCGAAGACUUCCAAGGAUGCCCGUCUUCAGCAGAGCUACGCGGCGCGACAUCUUGAAGCAGAGUUGUGCGCCGUCGGCGAGACCAGCCUAUGGUUGCACUUCAUCCUCGACCAGAUCGGUCAGUUCUCCGGCGUCGACUUCCUUCCGCCGCUUGACACCACGAACGCGAACGCUGGUACAAGAAGCAUCUCUUCUUCGCCAAAAACGACAAGGAGCAAGACGAGCUCCCCGCCGCCAGCCACCAACGUUGGACUCGGCAGAUGUGGACGACCAACAAGGUGUUCUGCAAGCGGAACGUGCACGCCGCACGCGCCGGAGUAUCAUAACAUGUCCCUCAAGGAGACGCUGAAGUACGAGAUCGAGCGCGCCGCGGUCGAGAAGAUCGACCUUCAGGAGAAGAUCGAGAUGCGCGACGAUACCAUCGCGACGCUGACCGCCGAGCUUGCUCGUCUCACCGAGGCACUCCGUGUGUCAGAAGCACGGAGGAUGCCGUCGGCGCCGCCGUCGGCGACCGAGCCAGCGCCGAGCGAGGGCGGCUACGCGGAUUCGACCAACACGGGGGCCGGAGCCAAGAAACGGGACGAGAAGCCCCCGAAACCCCCACAGACGGUUGACGAGGCUCGUUACGAGCUCAACGUGGUGAAACCCUGGCGGGAGGCAACGACCGUGAGGGACGCUUGGCGCCUCUGGAACUCCGCCACCGCCGAUGACACCCGUCGCCUUUGCGAAAGGGUCGCCGAGCCGGGAUUCGUCGACCACCUCACCCUCCUCAAAGGCGCGACGCAGGGUGCACACGACAUGAAGGUGCGCCGCAUGCUGAAGGCCAUGGAUGCAGUGCGCCUUCUUCGCUCGAGCGACGGCGAUGCCGACACCGAAGCCGUCGUCGCUGCACUGAACAGGAUCGCGGCGCCGGGCAUUGGGACCUUCUGCGAUGCCCUCACGGUGCUGAAACCGGAAACGGCACCGACGUACUCCAAGGAGCCUGGCAUGGGAGUCAAGGGGCUGGGCCCCAAGGUGGUCUCGAAGCUACGUGUCGCCUGUGCUAUGGUGGCGCUCAACUUGAAGCCGAGAACUUGGGUCGCCGACCUGUUUCCAGACACCUGGGAGGAGCAGAUGCCGAAGACCGUGGCCGACUUGGCCAAGCAGACCGCACCUGCGCAGCGUCCUCCGACCAAGCGCAAGAAGUCGGCGUGA